GCAUGUUCUUUGUGCAGUUUUGACGGCAAUGUGUUUGCAAACCCCACCACCACUUUUGUUUCUUUCUGGACUUUUAUUUUGAUGGCCGAUAUCGCGCGCAACCAUAUUGGAGUAGUGUAGGCGCGUUCACGCUGUUCUUCACACACUUUCGGCAUGGCUGCGGACAGUACAAUGUCUAAUGGUCAGGAAACGGCCUCUCUGAACGGUGAACCCGCGCUCAAGCGCUCCAGAGACAGCGUGGACUCUCUGCGGAUCCUGCGGGAGCCCCAGAAUAAAGUGACCGUCGUGUUGGGAGCUCAGUGGGGCGAUGAGGGGAAGGGGAAAGUGGUCGACCUCUUGGCAAUGGACGCCGACAUUGUGUGCAGAUGCCAGGGAGGAAAUAACGCGGGACACACAGUGGUGGUGGACUCGGUGGAGUAUGACUUUCACUUGCUACCUAGCGGCGUUCUCAACAAAAAGGCCAUUUCUUUUAUUGGAAAUGGUGUUGUGAUACACCUGCCAGGACUUUUUGAGGAGGCUGAGAAGAACUCGCAGAAAGGCAGUGGACUUCAAGGAUGGGAGGAACGACUGAAGAUAUCUGACCGGGCACAUAUUGUGUUCAAUUUCCAUCAAGCCGUUGAUGGGAUACAGGAGCAGCUGAGACAGCAGCAGGCAGGGAAGAAUUUGGGCACCACUAAGAAGGGCAUUGGACCUGCAUAUUCCUCCAAAGCAGCACGUAAUGGACUGCGAGUGUGUGAUCUGGUCUCAGACUUUUCAGUCUUUGAGGAAAAGUUUCGGGUGCUGGCUGGUCAUUUUCAGACCACAUAUCCUAACCUUAAUAUUGAUAUUGAUGCUGAGCUUGAGCAACUGAAGGGUUAUGCUGAGAGGUUACGUCCUCUAGUAACUGAUGGAGUUUAUUUCAUGCACAAAGCCCUCAACGGGCCAAGCAAGAAGAUUCUGGUGGAAGGAGCCAACGCUGCAUUACUGGAUAUUGAUUUCGGGACCUACCCCUUUGUGACCUCAUCAAACUGUACUGUCGGAGGCGUUUGCACAGGUCUUGGGGUCCCCCCAUCUCAUGUUGGCCGUGUGUAUGGAGUGGUGAAGGCCUACACCACCAGAGUGGGAGUGGGGGCAUUCCCUACUGAGCAAGAUAAUGACACUGGUGAUCUGCUUCAGAGCAGAGGGAGGGAAUUUGGUGUAACAACAGGCAGGCGGCGUCGCUGUGGAUGGCUGGACCUGGUUUUGGUUCGCUAUGCCCACAUGGUUAAUGGUUUUUCAGCCAUUGCUCUGACCAAGUUGGACAUUCUUGACACAUUGCCGGAAAUAAAGAUUGGCAUAACCUACACAGUUGAUGGAAAGCCUCUCCCCAGUUUUCCUGCAAACAUGGAUGUCCUCACAAAGGUUCAAGUGACUUAUGAGACGUUCCCUGGCUGGUGUUGUAGUACUGAGGGAGUCCGCAGUUUUGAUGAGCUGCCUUCACAGGCACAAGCUUACAUUUGCUUUAUCGAGAAGUUCCUGGAGGUUCCAGUGAAGUGGGUGGGAGUUGGCAAGUCAAGAGAAAGCAUGAUAAAGCUGUUCUGACGAGGGCAACGGGAAAGGCUGAACUUCAUUUGAUGGUCUGCCAGGACAUCCAUCAUCAUGACCGUUUGAGGACCAGAACUUUCUUUUAUGCAUCAGCGCUGAGAUUAAGACUAACUGUGGGUUUAGAAUCCACUGAAUGUCCGUGAACACCAGCAUUGCGUAUAGAGGUCUGGUUUGAGCACCAGACUCGCUUUCCUGCAUUCGUAAAUCCUUGACUCAUGCCUAUUUGUUCCAAAGCACAUCCCAGAACUCCUCAGAACAUACCUCUGUCAAUCACUAGUAGUUGUCUGAAGUCUGAUUAAUUGCAGAGCUUCAGAUUGAGGGGUGUCAUUUUUACCGUAUUUCUUAAAAUCAAACUGCACUCUAGCAUUUAAAUUUACCAUUUUCAUUGCUAAUAGGUGGAUAAAGCCAAACAGAUUUUUAAGAUUGUCAUGUACUGUUUAUUUUUUUAUGUAAUCCAGUGUGAGGGGGGAGAGCGCUAAAUCUUGUCUUUUUAAUUCAGUGUUUGUGUAUACUCUUAAGUAUAGUUUGUUUGACAUGGUUUGAAAUACAAAAAGGGACCUUAAGUCUUUGUGAUAUUGGAAAAAAAAAAGGCAUUGUUUUUGAUUAGUGUCAAUGUCAGUGAUUAGUGCAUUCAGACACAGAUCUUGAAUCUAUGAAUGACAGUUACACAUACACAGAUAUACAUUGCAUUCCACCUAGCGCAGAAACUCAUUUGCUGCUGUUUUUUGAAGAAUAAAGUGCAAAACUAAUUAUGGUUUUAAGUGAA